ACCUGGAGGCUUCUCGCGGUUUUACCGGAAGACCCCUGUUCUAAGCAACUCCUCUCCGUCGUCCCUCCGCGGGAGGCGGGGCUACGAUGGAGAUACUGCGUGGUGAUUGGUUGCGGCGCGUUGGGAACGUGGACUCGGGAGUUGGACAGCGCACGCUAGGCAGUGAUUGGUUGCCGAGAGGCGAGUGGACUCCACCGUCUGAGAGGUAGCCGCCGCGGUGAGGAGAGCCAUGGGUCAGGCGGCCAAGGUUUUACAGCUCUUUAAAACACUGCACAGGACAAGGCAACAAGUUUUUAAAAAUGACGCCAGAGCAUUAGAAGAACAAAAUAUGGAAUGGAUGGAUAAAAGUUUAAAGUAUUACCUAUGUCUGAGCUUUCUGUGCACUUGGAAUGGUUACAAAAAGUUACAGCUAAUAAAAAUAGGCUCUGAUGUUGAAUUGGUACUCAGAACAUCUGUUAUACAAGGUAUUCACACAGACCACAAUACACUGAAAUUGGUCCCUAGGAAAGACCUUCUUUUAGAAAAUGUGCCAUAUUGCGAUGCACCAACUCAGAAGCAGUGAAUUUUCUAGGAUAAAAUCACGUCUUUGUAAUUUUUAACUUUAAAAUGUAUAACUGGCAAAAGUCCUGGAAAUGCAGAUAUUUUUCUCUGAACUGGCAUAUUGAAAAUGAGUGAAUUAAAGUAUUGUUUUAUAAUUAAAUUUCAUGUUAGAAAGACAUUGCUGAAAACUACAAACCAUAGUUAAGUAUUUCUAAAGAACAUAAGAUAUUUCAUUUUCAUUGAAAGUAAAUGCUUAGGGUGGUAUAUCAUAUUUACUUCUCUUUGACCUUGAUGCAUAUUUUGGUCUUACCAUAACUACCAUAUUUUGCUGUGUAUAAUGCACACUUUUUUGCCCAAAUUUGUGAGGGAAAAAUAAGAAUGCAUAUUAUAUGU